AUGCCAAUCGACUAUAGCAAAUGGGAUAAACUUGAGCUCAGUGAUGACGAAGAUUUCGAGUGUCACCCAAAUGUCGACAAACCUUCACUGAUUCGUUGGAAACAGGCUGAAAUUCACCGAAAACGUGAAGAACGCCGUGAAAAAAUAGAAAAUCUCAAAAAGCAAAUAGUCCAGGACGAUGAAUUGCUUAUACGUAUCGACGACAUGAUCAACCAAGUGGAAAACGAGGGAGUGGUCGUGUUCUCGAAAAAAUUCGAUGAGCUUCAUGAAGUAAGCCAAAAAAAGAACUCUGAACAAGAAAUGAAGGAAAGAGAAGCAUGGAAAAAUAAUGUGGAACCGCAAGAUUUUCCCGCCAAACCCCCGCCAACCUUUGAUGAAAUGAUGGGAGCUUUAUUUGUGACUAUUAAAGAAGAGCUUGAUUUUGAAAAGCUGGAGCUAGUGAGUGAAAAUUUAUUAGAAAAAUUGAGAUUCCAUCGUGAUAAAUUGGCUGGUCAACAGCAGGAUGCUAGGAAUGAAUUGGCGGCAGAAGAAGCAGAAGCCAAGAGAAAGAUCACUAUGGAUGAUUUUCACACUGGGUUUGAUAAAACGGCUGUCAGUAAAAUCACUAAACCUGAACUGCCAAAACCUCCAAAGAAAACCGAAAAAAAGACGCAAAAGGUUAUCGAAGUUUUGAAUCCUAAUACUAAGUUAAAAUCUUUAGAGGAAACACCCACAAACGAAGAGAGUUCCGAGGAUGAUGACGAAGAGAUAAUCAUGUCAGAUAUCGCUAAAGAGUUUUCAAAGAUUAAGGAUUACGAGAGAAGCUACAAAUUUAUAUCCAAGCAUCCUGAAAUAGUCAGCCAGGAAGUAGUUGAUCAAAUAUUGGCCGAAGCGUUCCAAGCUCAAUUGAAAGGCAAAGCAAAAUACUCUAAACAAUGUGUGCAUCAAGCAUGGCUUCUACAAUAUUGUCAACAAUUGGGUAAAGAUGGUGUUACUCUCUUCUUUAAAAGAAUAACAUCACCUGAAGCCCAAGAGCAAGCGCGUAAAAUAUUUGGUAAUGACGUUGAAGAGACAUACAGUCGUAUUAUUGAGCGAUGUAAAAUCAUCGAGGAAGAAAAGAAAAAAAAUCCAAAACAAGCCGAACAAAUCCAAAUUGAAGUUGUUGAUCCAAACAGUUCUAUCACGAUACGAAUUCCCAAACAAGAUUCAGAAGACCUUGCAGAAAAAGAAGCUUAUGAAAAGUAUUUGACGCUUCCCAGCAAUUUUAGAUCCGCGCUUGAAUCAGGUGAACUGGAAAAGAUUAACAAAGAACUUGGCAAAAUGCCUGUGGAAGUAGCGGAAAAAGUCUUAGAAAUAGUUGGCGAAGCUGGAGUGCUCUCAAUCGAAGAGGGAAUCAUCGAUACGACCAAGGGCGAAACUAUCGAAGCACGAGAAGCUGCUGCCAACGAAGAAAUCAAUGACGCAUAG